CGCCUCCACUGGGGCGGAGCCACGGCCCGGGACUGGCCUAAACGGCCGCAGGACAUCAUGAAGCAGCUGCCAGUCUUGGAGCCUGGAGACAAGCCCAAGAAAGAAACAUGGUACACCCUGACCCCAGUUGGAGACAGCCCCUGUGCACGGGUUGGUCACAGCUGCUCAUAUUUACCCCCUGUUGGUGACGCUGAGAGAGGGAUGGUCUUCAUUGUUGGGGGAGCAGAUCCAAACAGAAGCUUCUCAGAUGUACACACCAUAGAUCUGGGAACCCACCAGUGGGGUUUAGCCACCUCCAAGAGCCUCCUGCCCCGGUACGAGCAUGCCAGCUUCAUUCCCUCCAGCACACCUCACAGCAUCUGGGUGUUUGGAGGGGCCGACCAGUCAGGAAAUCGAAACUGCCUGCAAGUUCUGAAUCCUGAUACCAGGACUUGGACCACCCCAGAGGUGACCGGCCCACCGCCAUCCCCAAGAACAUUCCACACAUCAUCGGCAGCCAUUGGAGACCAGCUGUAUGUCUUCGGGGGUGGAGAGAGAGGUGCCCAGCCAGUGCAGGAUAUGGAGCUUCAUGUGUUUGAUGCAAACACCCUGACCUGGUCGCAACCAGAGACACAUGGAAAACCUCCAUCCCCCCGACAUGGUCAUGUGAUGGUGGCAGCAGGGACAAAGCUCUUCAUCCAUGGAGGCUUGGCAGGGGACAAUUUCUAUGGUGAUCUCCAUUGCAUUGAUAUCAGUGACAUGAAGUGGCAGAAGCUAACGCCCACCGGGGCAGCUCCCACAGGCUGUGCUGCUCACUCAGCUGUGGCCGUGGGGAAACACGUGUAUGUCUUUGGAGGAAUGACUCCCACAGGAGCCCUGAAUACAAUGUACCAGUAUCACAUAGAAAAGCAGCAUUGGACCUUGCUUAAAUUUGAUAAUUCUCCUCCCGCUGGAAGGUUGGACCAUUCCAUGUGUAUCAUUCCGUGGCCAGGGACGUGUACUUCUGAGAAAGAAGAUUCAAAUUCAGCCACUCUAAACUGUGAUGCUGAGAAAGGGGAUUCCACUGAGAAAGGAGUGACUCAAGGUGGUGACUCACAUGAAGAAAGUCAGGCUGACACACUGCUCUGUUUUGUGUUUGGUGGAAUGAAUACCGAAGGGGAAAUCUAUGAUGAUUGUAUUGUGACUGCAGUUGAUUAAUAAAACCCAUGUUUUUACUGCUUUUAAAUGUCAAUUACUUUCAGAAAAGUUAAGUGAAACAUUGUUUUCAUACCUCCAAAAUUGUCUGCACUAUGUAUGUAUCCCUUUGGCUCUUACCUACUGCAGUAGGUGAAGAGAUGAAUUGGAUAGCUCAGGGCAAAAACCUCUGAUAAAGGGUUUUUUAUCAGCAAUAUAACCAGGUAACUAACUGGCUGGUUAUGAAUACUAAUCACAAAAAUGUUGCAGAUAUCCUAAUUGCAAGAUACAACAAAAGUUGUAGAAAUCAGUGAGUGGACAUACCCAAGCUGAAGCAUUUUAACAUUUAACUGCACCGGGUCUUAGUUGGAGCAUGUGGGAUCUCGUUCCCUGACCAGGGAUGGAACCCAUGCUCCCUUCAUCUGAAGCAUGGAGUCUUAGCCAGCGAUCACCAGGGGAAGUCCAGGGAAGUGUUUUCAAUAUUAGCAGCUCCUCAGAAAGAGGUGUACUGUUGACUUGGUACUGAGAGCCACCGCAGACAGGGGCAAAGAUUGGCCCUUGUCUCUCCCCACCAACCCCUACCCCUCUGCACACACUUCAGGUAUUUUUAAUGUUUGUAUGGAACCUGGUCUGUAAGACCCCCUGUCCAAAUGCUUUGGGCAACACAACAGAGGUCCAGGCCUCAGAGUAAAGCACACAUCAGGUCUCAGUUCCACAAAUUAACCUUGCAGCUGGCUGCCCCAUGUAUAAAAUGUCUAUGUUUGGACUGAACUGGAUCAUGUUAGCAUGACAGCUUGCCCUUCGUUGAUCAUACUUACUAAAUUGUUGUAGGGCUUAAGGUAGAUCACACCACCCUAGAUCCCACUCUUGUACCAGAGAUAAAGAUUGACAUGGCUAAAAUUCAAAAGUAUUACCUUCACAUCCUAAAAUCAGGAAUUGAAUCCAAGUGUGUAAAAUUAUCAGUGAUUCAUCACUUAUCAAAUCUCAAGAGAAUCCAAGCAGCUGUAAAGUGUUACGAGUAAAUAGGCCACCGUAAGUUUUUGAAAGGAAAGGGGAAGCAGUAAGUUUCAAACAUGCUCAAGAAAACUCUGCUCUUGAAAUGGUCCUUGCCUAGUUAAACAUAUGGAUGUACCAACCUCCCACCCCUCUUCUUAGAUUAGGCAGGUUUCCCAAAAUGACUGAAUAUUUAAAGAAAUGUUGUUUCCUUACCUCAAAACCCUGAACACUCCCAACACAUGAGAGUCUAACCUUAAAAUAAAUGACUAACCUAAUUAGAAGCUUUAUCACAAAAAUUAGACCAGUGUAAAUAACAAACAUUUAUUGGUGUCACUUAUGGUAGAAAAAAGUUCCUACACCAGAUACACAUGACCCAACUGUUAAAUAGAACAUUUUCAAGGUGAACACACUCCCUAACCCAUUUUUUUUUUUAACCCACUUUUGAUGAUAGCCAAUUCCUCCUUGCCCCCCACCCCAAGACAUGUGAGCAACUGCUAAUGAAAAGCAGUAAACAGCCACUUGGGCUAUAGCAGUUUCAACUCCACUCCAA